GCAGUGCAGGACAGGUAACCUGUUGAAUAGGAAGCGACAACUCACAUGCCUCCGCGGCACUAGGACCCAGACCGAUCUAACCGCUCUUCUCUACGGUAGAGAGCGACUGUGUUCACGACGUACUAGUGUCAGCCGUCCUCACAUGAAACAACAUGCUAAUUAAAUAGGUUGUGAAAGAGUAAUCCUUGCCCCCACCUCCUGGGCCGUCAGCCACACCCCUUCCUCACACACACGGAAACCGAGAGGGAAACGGAGCGUAAGAGAGGGAGGAUAAAGAGGAACCUUCAGCCAGGGGUGUGGCCUACAGAGCCUGGUGCUACAGCUGGAUGCUAGGUCAGUCAGCUGGCUUUACUGUACAGGGCUGAGGGGUUGGACGAUAAGGAGAUACUGCUGCUGCUGCUACUGGGGUUAAAGACUGGUUUAAGUGAAGGACACAGAGCUAAAACGGUUCAGCGCUGUCAGCACGAUGACUGAUGGGGACUAUGAUUACCUGAUCAAGCUCCUGGCUCUGGGGGACUCUGGAGUAGGGAAGACAACCUUUCUAUACAGGUACACAGACAACAAGUUCAACCCCAAGUUCAUCACCACGGUGGGAAUAGACUUCAGGGAAAAGAGAGUGGUGUACACAGCGUCGGGCCCCAAUGGAACCACAGGGAAGACUUUUAAAGUUCACCUCCAGCUCUGGGAUACGGCUGGACAGGAGAGGUUCAGGAGUCUAACCACAGCCUUCUUCAGAGAUGCCAUGGGCUUCCUGCUCAUGUUUGACCUCACCAGCCAACAGAGCUUUCUGAACGUCCGCAACUGGAUGAGCCAGCUGCAGGCCAAUGCGUACUGUGAGAACCCAGACAUUGUGUUGGUGGGCAACAAGGCAGACCUGGCGGACCAGAGAGAGGUGCAGGAGAAGCACGCUAAGGAACUAGCCGACAAGUACGGGAUCCCGUACUUUGAGACGUCGGCAGCGACGGGGUCUGAGGUGGACAAGGCCGUCAUCGCUCUACUAGACCUGGUCAUGAAGAGGAUGGAGCAGUGUGUCGACAAGCCCACCGCCGAGCCCGCUAACGGGGGAGGGGCCACCAAGCUGGAGGACGCCGCGCCUGACCAGAAGAAGUGUGCAUGCUAGACCUGGCCUCUUCCACGUCCCCCUUCUCCCUACUCUGGUUGGUCCUCUAGUGCGCCCUCUGGUGGCCAGACGCAGAAGGGCAGCAGCGUGGCCAUAGCAUGAUGUGUGAGGGGGCAGCUCAGUCAGCCACAAUGGAAUGGGGCUGUGGUUCUGGCCUUGCAUGGCCUGUGUGUACUGUGCUGGGCCUGGCUAUGUGUCUCUCCUGCCUGUCCUGUGUUGUGUUGUAUUGUGUCCCAAAUGUCACCCUGUUCCCUUACGUAGGGCAUUACAUUUGACCAGAGCCUAUAAGGUGUGCACUAUGUAGAUUGCCUUGGACAUAAUGGACAAGACAGCGGGACGAGGUGGAGCUGAGUUCAUUAUCUCCAAGGUAAUGUACAGAACGGAGGCAUUUAUCCCGCUUAUACCACAGUUGCCAAAGAAAACAAUACUAAAGCACACAUUUUCUGGUGGAAAUGUUUUUCAUAGAUAUUUUUAAUUCAUUAAAAGUCAAAUUCAUACUUUUUCCAUCCUCCCAUGAAACCUGAUUGUUAGUCUGUUGCCAGAGAUGCAACCCAGUUGUUCAUUCCUUCUGUUCUGUGGACGUUUUUAUUCGGUUGCCAUGCUGACUUGCUUUUGCUAGCUAGUCAACAAUUUUUUUUAACACAAUCACGUCAACCUCUGCAGCCAGAAUAACAAGAGUAGCUGCGUUUGUUUUAAGCUGUUUUCUAGUGACAAUUCAUUUGAAUACAUCCAUAAAAAUGAGCUGAUGAUGAGCGAUUUUGGCAUUGAACAGUUUGCGUUCGCGUCAGGAGAGCACAUUGCAUAUUUACAUUUUGAGUCGUUUAGCGAACGCUCUUAUCCAGAGUGAUUUGCAGUAGCAAUUAGGGUUAAGUACCUUGCUCAAGGGCACAUUGUUCACCUAGUCCACUCGGGGAUUCGAACCAGAGACCUUUCGGUUACUGGCCCAAUGCUCUUAACUGCUAGGCUAGCUGCCGCCCUUAUCGAACACGUCAUACACUAGGCUUGAACGUAGCUAAACAGUUUGUUGCUAGCAAACAUGCCAACAUGACCAAUCGAAUUUAACAAUAUCAGUUGCUGAAAACAGCUGGUCAAAAUAGAAAAGUGGACGGGUUUGACAGCAUAGCUCCACGAUUGCAACAUUGAAGGACCGGGAAAAAUUGAAUGUUCAUCCCAUCACUCAUCACGUUAGGUCAUCAGAGGUCUCUGCAAAAAAUAAAUGAAUGCUAGCUAGCUAGUUAGCUAACUUUUUCCUUGUUGGACCUGCGUUUACAAUGUAUCCAAUAUCGGUUUGUGUGGUUGUUGGUUUGUCUGCAUGUGUAAUGCUUUAUAAUGCGUCAUGAUUAGGUAUCCCAUAUAUCUGUCUCAGAGACAUCCAACUGUCUUCUACAUUUGGUUUUUUUAAUACCCAUUCUAGAAUGCCCUUCUUAGCCAAUCAGAAACGAGUAUUCAACAACGCUGUGGUAUAAAUAGGGAAUAGGUUGCCAUUUGGGACGAAAGCCUGGCCUACCGGAGGCCUACGCUUUAUCAGACUUUAUAUCCUCAUGUUCUUUACAAGUAUUUGUCAAAUCUAAUUUACUGCCUUGGCUUUUAAGGCCCCGUCCGUACAGUACCAAUAUUAAAAAUCUAAUUUACUGCCUUGGCUUUUAAGGCCCCGUCCGUACAGUACCAAUAUUAAAAAUCUAAUUUACUGCCUUGGCUUUUAAGGCCCCGUCCGUACAGUACCAAUAUUAAAAAUCUAAUUUACUGCCUUGGCUUUUAAGGCCCCGUCCGUACAGUACCAAUAUUAAAAAUCAAAUUUACUGCCUUGGCUUUUAAGGCCCCGUCCGUACAGUACCAAUAUUAAAAAUCAAAUUUACUGCCUUGGCUUUUAAGGCCCCGUCCGUACAGUACCAAUAUUAAAAAUCUAAUUUACUGCCUUGGCUUUUAAGGCCCCGUCCGUACAGUACCAAUAUUAAAAAUCUAAUUUACUGCCUUGGCUUUUAAGGCCCCGUCCGUACAGUACCAAUAUUAAAAAUCUAAUUUACUGCCUUGGCUUUUAAGGCCCCGUCCGUACAGUACCAAUAUUAAAAAUCUAAUUUACUGCCUUGGCUUUUAAGGCCCCGUCCGUACAGUACCAAUAUUAAAAAUCUAAUUUACUGCCUUGGCUUUUACCAAUAUUAAAAUCACAAAGCAUUUGACCAGUUAUUUAUAUAUGGUUUUUGUGUAUUUAAAGUUCUUAUUCUAGAGUUGUAUGUUUUAACUUUUUGUUUUAGAUCAGAUUGUUGUUGUUGUUAUUAUUAUUAUUAUUAUUAUUAUUAUUAUUAUUAUUAUUACAGUAAAUCUAAUCCGUUAGAUUAUGGUUCAACACACUCAUUUCAAUUUACAGUAAAUGUGAUCCCCAUUUAACAGUACUUUUUGACAACCGUGUAUAGCAGUGAGGUAUGAUCAACUUUAUCAUAUUGUAAUAUCCCUCAGUCAAGACUGAUAUAAUAUUACCGUCAGGAAAAUACAUCGCCAAGCAGUAAAUAUCUCAUUGAUGAUAAUUGCGGUUGGUCUGUCUGUGCCAAAAUUAACUGGUCAGGUACACAUAUUUUGCCUGUUAUUUCGGGUGUAGCUAAAUGCUUGUGUUCCUAGCUCCGACAGUGCAGUAAUAUCUAACCAGGUCAGGAAUGUCUGUCUGUCUGUGGUUUGUUUACCAAGGGCCUUUUGACAUUCCUAGCUGCUAAUCUCGUGUGACAGACUUUAACAUCAAAUCUAGCUACAGUAGUUGGCUAGUGCACGCAAGAUGUAGUUCUGUGUUCCCGUGAUGCUGUUGCUACAGACGUAGCAUGCCACAUCUACCAGCUUUACAGGACUUACUCCACUUCUCACGGCCUGGCUAGUGACAACACAAGUGUUCAACAACCACUGCUCUCCCCCACCCACCACCUUUUCAUACACCUGAAUGUAACAUCCUCAACUUUUCUAUAAGGAAAUAAUAACAUGAUGGUACAUAGGGACCAAGACAGACAGGCAGUCAGUGUUACCAACUAGUAUUGUGUUUAAGACGAGACAAAAGUCCAUAAUGUAGUAUCUGUUCUGUAUAUAACUGAUGUGGAAUUAGUGUUUAAUAAACCUGAUUGUAGAA